AUGUGUCAACACACCCAUAACUAUGAUGAGCCUCAGCAGUCCAAGCCAGAACCUGCAGGGGACCAACCUCCAUUCCCCUGGCAUCUGCCAAUAUGCGACGCCCACUGCCAUCCAACAGAUACAAUGGCUUCAAUAACUGAUAUACCCUCUAUGCGUGCUGCUGCUUUGACCAUCAUGGCAACACGUGCCCAGGACCAGGACCUCGUUGCAGAUGUCGCCAGAAGACAUUCAAACCCAGAUCUCAAAGCGCUGUGUCAAGGCAACUCCGAAGCAAUAGAUACCGGUGCUAUUCCCUCAUUUGGCUGGCAUCCGUGGUUUUCCCAUUUACUCUAUGACGACUCGGCCAAUACUCCGACAUUUCAGCCCACCUCCGGCUCCGAGGCCGACCAUGCCGCCAAACAAGCCCAUUAUGCUGCCGUUCUACAGCCGGUGCCCUCACCAGACUUUGUUGCUUCUCUUCCUUCUCCUAUCGCUGUAAGCUCGUUUCUCAAAGCAACUGAAAUCCGUUUAUCUACUAGUCCCCACGCCCUUGUUGGUGAGAUCGGCCUUGAUAAGGCUUUUCGUCUUCCAGAACCUUGGCAUCCAUCAGAACAUGCAGAGAGAGAUUCAACGCUCACCCCAGGGGGUCGUGAGGGUCGACAGCUCAGCCCUUAUCGGGUGAAAAUAGAGCACCAGCGUGAUAUUCUUGCCGCACAGCUUCGUCUUGCUGCAAAAACUCGAAGAGCUGUUAGUGUGCAUGGCGUGCAAGCUCACGGCCUCUUGCACGAGACUCUCGCGGCAACGUGGAAGGGUCACGAGCGGGAAAUUAUAACACGACGAAAGCGCCGUCUUGUGGCAUCGGGUGCUGAGGACUUCUCAGACGAGGACGACGACGGCAGCGAGAAGCCGUACCCUCCACGAAUAUGUCUGCAUUCAUUCAGCGCUAGCGUCGAAGUAUUGAGGCAGUAUCUGAACCGGGCCAUCCCGGCUCGUAUUUUUGUGUCAUUAUCAACGGCUGUCAAUCUAAGCACCGAUGCUGGCCGGAAUAAAACCGACGAUGUGCUACGGGCUCUGCCUGACGACAGCAUCCUGGUGGAGAGUGAUUUGCACAUUGCGGGCGAACACAUGGACAGUGCAUUGGAAGACAUGUACCGACAUGUCUGUAAGGUCAAGGGCUGGAACCUUGACGAAGGCGUCGAGAAAAUUGCGAAGAAUUACGAAGAGUUCAUAUUUGGGUCAUAG